CGGGCCUUCGUAUGGUGCACAGUGUGAGUACACAGUAUCGCGGGUUCUCGUACUUGUCUGGUUAUCUGGUUACAUGCAGAAACAGAAAAGUAGCCGUCGGAAAACCUCAAGUAUCAAUUCGUAUUCACAUACAUUUUCAAUGGUUCCUCGUGCAAACGCAGCUCAAACUUGAACGAUAUGAUAGGCAACACCCCUCCGCGACGCAAGUACGUAUAAAUAAUUAGCCCUAGUCUUGCUUCUCCAGGACCUCCACUGUGUACUCACACGCUCUAAUCCCUCCCAUCCCAUCCAUCCAUCUAUCUUCUUCUCCAAUCGAACUCACCAACGAGCACCAUAUCUUCUCACAACGCAACAGAAAUGACGACCCCUACUACUACUACCACGACGACGAUGGGACAUGCCUGUUUUUUCUACGGCACAUUGAUGAGCUUCAAGGUUCUCAGCCGAGUCCUCUACGGCACUCCCACGCCGGAAGCGUGGCAGAGCCAGGGCCUCCACAUCCGCCCGGCGAUCCUUCACGACUACUGCCGGCACCAAGUGCGCUUCGCAGACUACCCGGGGAUCGUGGCAGAGCCCGGAAAGUGCGUGCGCGGCACGUAUGUAACCGGAAUCACCGACAUGGAGCUGUGGCGGCUCGACGCUUUCGAAGGCGGCGAGUAUAGGCGCGAGGUGGUGAGGGUUAGGUUGCUGCGGGGGGAGGGGGAGGAGGGGAUGGAGGAGAUGGGGGAGAGGGAGUGCGCGACUUACGUCUAUAAAGAUGAGAACAGGCUCGUUAAGGAGGAGUGGGAUUUUGCGGAGUUUGUGAGGGAGAAGCUCCAUCGUUGGGUUGGCGACGAGAAGGAAUACUCUGGUCAGUCGACGUCCGGGUCUGACUCUGGUGACGAGGAGGAGGACGGCGACGAGGAUGGUGACGAGUGAUGUAGCUAACUGUGCCCUGUUGUGCGCUCCAGAAGUUGACAAGCUCGAUCCGCUCGGUGGCCGUUGGUGGGGAAAUGGCUUCGCUGAGGGAGAGGAGAAAUCGGAAGUCGACGAGAAGUUGAAGGCGGCGGUAUAAUGGCGCUCAACGCAUUGUUACAUAUGGCUAAAUCUUUGACUAGCGAAAUUGAUGGGUUUGGUGGUUUUCUGUGCAUUUCGCUUACUGGAAUAGUGAGCUCCUGAUAAAAUAUUCGCUGACACUGCACGGGUUAUCACUCGGUUGGAACCACAACAAGUAAAGUGGU